AUGUCAUCCGCAUCACGAUCCGUGCCAUUUCAUCAGCUCGUCGAUGGCAUCCCGCGGUCUCCCUUCCUGGACCCAGCUUUAGUCCGUCAAGCACUUGCCUACAAGCCCCGCCAGGGGGACAUCGUCCUGGUGACUUACCCCAAGUCUGGAAGCCAUUGGGUUCAACAAAUCAUCCAGCUCAUCCUAAACCACGGCGAGAUCCAACUCCCGAUCUCGUCUGAGAUGGCAAAGCGAACUCCGCUUCUUGAGAACCAGGGCACAAGGUGGCUCGAUGACGUGCCUCCUCCACGAACCAUAAGGACCCAUCUCCAGAAGCUACGGGACAACUUCAGCGAAGAAGCCAAGUACAUCUACCUGGCGCGGAGCCCCUGGGACUGCUGCAUUUCCUUCUAUCACACCGUGAAAAGCCUACCGAAGUACCGCUUUCAAGACGGGACAUUCGAAAACUUCGUCGACGCCUUUCUGACAGAAGACUUUGGUUACGAUAACUAUUUCGAACACGUCUCGUGCGGCUACGAGCACAGGGAUCGUUCGAAUGUGUUCUUUUUGGCGUACGAGGAACUCAAGACAGAUACGUCCAACGUGGUACUAAGACUCGCCUAUUUCAUUGGCGAGGAUUACGGCAAGACAGUCGAGGAAAACGACGACGUGUUCGAACGUAUCUUGGAAAAGUGUAGCUUCGAGUACAUGAGGCGCGUCUUCGGCAUGGAUGCCAGCAGGUACGCGAAUGUUCUGACGAGUUACUGCGAUUUUCCUCAAAACUCCGCCGCCGAAGACGUCAGAGAGUCAACGGGACCUCUGUUCUCCGUCCGUAAGGGAAGGGCCAGGGGUUGGAGGGAUUACUACACGCACGAGCAGAUGCAGAGAAUGAGACUUCGACUGGAACAGACUUGCAAAAAUUUGUCAAAAAUUUGGGAACCAAAAUAA